AUGAAAGAAACUAAGAAACCAGCUGCAACUGAGAAAUUCUGCUGUAUUUCCAAGCUUAAGGUAUUUCUGCUGGCAUCAUCAUUUGCAUAUCUAGCUAAAACUAUGUCUGGGGCUUACAUGAAUAGCAUGCUCACACAGAUAGAGAGAAGAUUUAAUAUUCCAGCCUCUCUGGUGGGCAUUAUUAAUGGAAGCUUUGAAAUUGGAAACUUGUUGGUGAUAGCAUUUGUGAGUUACUUUGGUGCAAAACUUCAUAGACCAAGAAUAAUUGCUUUGGGGUGCACAGUUAUGUCUUUUGGCUGUCUUUUGAUAUCACUACCUCAUUUUCUCAUGGAACGGUAUCAGUAUGAAACUGCCCUUUCACCAUUAGAGAAUUCUUCAUCAAGCAUGUCCAUGUGUCUCAUAAACCAAAGCCAGUCCUCCACACAUAUGGAGAAACAAUCAGCAGAGUGCGAACAAAAGUUUGGGUCCUUGAUGUGGGUGUUUGUGUUGGUAGGAAACAUAAUACGAGGCAUUGGUGAAACUCCCAUCAUGCCGUUAGUCAUUUCAUAUGUGGAGGAUUUUUCCAAAGCAGAAAAUUCACCUUUUUACAUAGGGUGCCUACAGAUAGCAACUGUGAUAGGUCCUUUUCUUGGUUUCAUGUUGGGAUCAUAUUGUGCACAGCUGUAUGUGGAUCUGGGAUUCACAGAUAUAGAGGAGGUGACUAUAACACUUACUGAUGCCCGUUGGGUUGGAGCAUGGUGGCUGGGCAUUCUGAUUUGUGGAUCAGUAAAUCUGCUCGCUGGAAUACCUUUUUGUUUUCUGCCCAAGUCCCUUCCAAAGGAAGGACAAGCAAGUGAGACUGAGUUAUUAAGUUUGAGAAAUGUAUCACUACUACAAGAGAGAAGUGAAACUCAAGCCAAACGGAAAAUGCGUGAAAUCACUAAAGAUUUCAUCCCAUUCCUCAGGAGUCUGUUUCACAACCCAGUUUAUAUGUUGUUUAUAUGCAUAACUGUGAUGCAGUUCAGUGCUUACAUUGGUAUGAUAACCUUCAUGCCAAAAUAUUUGGAACAACAGUAUGGGAAAUCUGCAUCACAGGCCAUCUUUUUAAUAGCUGUUUACAAUUUACCAGUUAUAUGCAUUGGAUAUUUUCUUGGAGGCUUUCUAAUGAAGAAAUUCAAGAUAAGUACCAUUCAAGCUGCCAACAUAGCCUUUUGGAUCUCUUUAAUUGAAUACCUAAUCUACUUUGCUGCUUAUUUCACGGUCUGUGAAAAUUCUCCAGUUGCUGGUCUAACAGUCUCCUAUGAAGGAAUAGAACAGGUCUCAUACAUGGAAACAACCCUACUUGCUGACUGCAACAGUGAUUGUGAUUGCUCAGUUAAAGUGUGGGACCCUGUUUGUGGGGAGAAUGGAAUAACGUAUGUUUCACCUUGUCUUGCUGGUUGUACAGCUUCAGAUGGAACAAGAAAAUAUACAGUAUUUGAAAAUUGUACCUGUGUUGCAGCUUCUGGAUUUUCAUCUGGAAAUGUCUCUGCGGUUCUGGGCCAGUGUGACAAAGAAGCAAACUGUGACAUGAUGCUUCAGUACUAUUUAAUAUUAUCCAUAGUCUGCAGCUUAAUUUAUUCCUUAGGAGCCAUGCCUGGAUAUAUGGUUUUAAUAAGGUCUCUAAAGCCUGAAGAAAAGUCAUUUGGUGUGGGUAUCCAUACACUUGCUUCAAGAGUAUUUGCUGGAAUUCCAUCUCCCAUUUAUUUUGGAGCUUUGAUAGACUCAACAUGUUUGAAAUGGGGAACUCUGAGUUGUGGUGGUGAAGGAGCAUGUAGGAUGUAUGACAUUGUCACAUACAGAUGGUUCUACCUGGGACUGCCAGCGAUAUUACGUGGAGUGUCCUACAUCCCAUGUGUGUUAAUUCUCCUUAUUUUAAAGAAACAACUUAAAUCUUCUGAUGGGAAGACCUUAAAGAGGUCACCAAUGGCAAUGGAGGCCAUAGAAGAGCAAAAUGACUGA